AUGGGUUCAAAGUGGGUCUGUUUGAUAGCUAUUGCGAUGGUACUACACUCGAAUCCUGUCAAAGGUACAGCAGAAGUCAUGAGCCACGUGACUGCACAUUUCGGGAAAGCGUUAGAUGAAUGCCGAGAAGAGUCAGGACUAACAGUGGAUAUACUGGAGGGAUUCCAGAAUUUCUGGAGAGAAGAUUUCGAUGUUGUACAUAGAGAGCUGGGUUGUGCUCUGAUUUGUAUGUCUAAUAAAUUCACACUUAUGCAGGAAGAUGCUAGAAUGCAUCACAUUAAUAUGCACGAUUAUAUAAAGAGUUUUCCGCAAGGUGAAUUACUUUCAACAAAAAUGGUUGAUUUAAUGCAUAAUUGUGAGAAGCAAUUUGACGAUAUCGAAGACGACUGUACUCGUGUAGUUAAGGUGGCUGCUUGCUUCAAGAUGGACGCGAAAAAAGAAGGCAUCGCACCUGAGGUUACAAUGAUAGAGGCGGUUUUGGAAAAGUAUUAA